GGCGGGGACUGAAGAGCUGGGGGCUAGAAGCCACUGGGGCUGAAAGACAGCCAGGGAGUGAGGCCGCUCAGCUAGAGGAAGGAGGCAGCUCCAAGCCCCCAGGGCAGAGGCCCGUCAGAGAUGGAGCAGAAGAAAGGGAAGCCCUCUGAGGACGGGACCACUGUCUCCCCAGCCACGGAGGCCCCAGAGACGGUGGGAGGUGGAGCCUCUGCAGAGGACGAGGCCACAGGCCCAGCUGAGAGGUCUGUCAACGAGGGGCCUCCAGGUGGGGCAGGAAAGCGGGAGAGUGCACCAGCCAAGGACGACACAUCAGCUGAAUUCCAGGGGGAAGCAGAUGGGUUGGAUGAGGUCAAGGUGGAACCCAAAGGGAAGGCUGAACUUCAAAAGGAGGAUGGUGGGAAGGAAGAGACCGACUCUGAACUCAAGGAGGCUGAGGGAAAAGAGACCACAUUGGCCUCUGAGAACCAGAUGGCUGAUGAGAAAGAGGCCAAGCCUGGAUCUAGGGAGAAAGCUAACGUGAAUGAUGAGGCCAAAGCUGAGCCGAAGCAAGCCACUGACAAGGAGGAGGCCACCACGGUCUCUCAGGAGGAGAAUGACAAGACAGAAGAGCCUAAGGCUGAGGCCCAGGAUAAAGCCUGUGCUCCAGAAGCCAAGUCGGACUCUCAGAAGAAGGCUGCCAUGGAAGAGGAGGCCAAGGCUGAACCGCAGGAGGAGGAAGAGAUGAAGGAGGAGCUGGAGCCAGGCAGCCCUGAUGAAGAGCAGAACCAGGGUAUGGAGGGAGAGUCAGAGGAAGGCGCAGGAGUGCCUCCCAGCUCCCCGGAGGAGUGGCCAGAGAGCCCCACGGAGGAGGGCGGCGGCCCCAGCCCAGAUGGGCUGAGUCCAAUUGCCGAAGCUUCCGGAGAGACCAGUCCUUCAGCCAGUGAAUCCUCGCCCAGCGAUGUACCCCAGAGCCCCACAGAGCCCCCGCCCUCACAGGAGAAGAAGAAGGAAAGGGCACCAGAGCGGAGGGUGUCAGCCCCUGUCCGGCCCCGGGGGCCCCGGGCCCAGAACCGCAAGGCCAUCGUGGACAAGUUUGGCGGGGCAGCCUCGGGCCCCACCGCCCUGUUCCGGAACACCAAGGCCGCAGGGGCUGCCAUCGGCGGUGUUAAGAACAUGCUCUUGGAGUGGUGCCGGGCCAUGACUAGGAACUACGAGCACGUGGACAUCCAGAACUUCUCCUCCAGCUGGAGCAGCGGCAUGGCCUUCUGCGCCCUCAUCCACAAGUUCUUCCCCGAUGCCUUUGACUAUGCUGAGCUGGACCCCACAAAGCGCAGGCACAACUUCACCUUGGCCUUCUCCACGGCAGAGAAGCUGGCUGACUGCGCCCAGCUGCUGGAGGUGGAUGACAUGGUGCGGCUGGCAGUGCCUGACUCCAAGUGCGUCUACACCUACAUCCAGGAGCUGUACCGCAGCCUCGUGCAAAAGGGGCUGGUGAAGACCAAGAAGAAAUGAGGGGCUGCCGACCUGGUAGGCAGAGCGCCCAGCUGAUCAGAGGCUCACUUCUGCUCCAUGGAGGUAGCAGCAGCGCUGGGGCUCAGGCAGGCGCAGAUGGCACCAGUUUUAACCACAUUAAAAGUUCUUUUGUAAAAUCU